AUGACGCAGCGUCGAUAUAUGGCUGCUGCGUGCUCGCUUCAACGGCCACAUCUCUCCUUGCUUCACUUUUGCCUCUACUACUCGAUAUGGUCUCUCCACUUUCAUCGUGGUGCUUCACUUUCCUUCAACUUCACCUUCUCCCAGCCCGGUGGCCACGGCACCGGAGACUUGAUUUUCCAGGGCGACGCUCGGUUCGACUCCGACAAGACGCUGAUCGAGCUAACAAAGAGCAACACGAGCGAAAGCAUCGGGGACAGCAUAGGCCGGGUUGUGUACGCAAAGCCAGUGCCGCUCUGGGACGCCGACACCCGUGAGCUCGCCACAUUCACCACCACCUUCUCCUUCCAAAUCAAGGCAACCAGUAAUCUCAGUGGCGAUGGGUUGGCUUUCUUCCUCGGGUUUUACCCGCCGACAAACCCCGCCAACAACCGUGGGAAGAACAUGGGACUCUACCCCGAAUACCCCGGGGCAGGACCUGUGAUGGUUGGCAACGACCGGGCCGUGGCAAUUGAGUUCGACACCUUCGUCAACGAGGACAUCGGAGACCCCAGCAACAGCCACAUGGGCAUCGAUGUCAACUCCAUCAUCUCCCAGGUGUACACUAAUGUAACCUCCCCUGGCAGGAACCUCACGUCCGGAAUCUCGAUGAUUUGUGUGAUCAGCUACGAUGAAGCACAGGUUCUAUCUACUAAUCUCCGGAUCGGCGACGCGACAUACCACGUCAACACAACUGUCGACCUGAGGCAACAAUUACCUAGUGCGGCGGCUGUCGGUUUCUCCGCUGCUACUGGCACAGCGGUUGAGCUACAUGAGAUACUGUCCUGGUCAUUUACCUCCACCAUGGGUGACAGUCAGCCCCACCAGCCUCAGCCUGAGACACCUGCAAGUCCUGCAACAAAGAGUCCCCACAAGAAGGUUCCGUGGAUGCUUCUAGCUGAGGUAAUUGUAACUACCGGGUUUAUUGUGAUCGUGUGCAUAUUUGUUGGUGUUCGUCGAUGGCAGCUUUUCAUAAGAAAGAGGCGAUACACAACUCUUGCCAAGGGCCUUGAACAUUUCGAUUAUCAUAAGCUGGAGCGUGCAGCAAACACUUUCGCGGCUGGAAAUAAGAUUGGCGAAGGCGGUUCGGCCUGUGUUUAUCAAGGUGAACUGGCAUACCCACCACGGUCGGUGGCGAUAAAGAAGUUCAAACUAGAAACGUCCGGUCAGGGGAGGGAGGCGUUCGAGGCUGAACUCGGUAUCGUCAGCCGCCUCAGGCACCGCAACCUGGUCGAGCUAAUUGGCUGGUGCUACGACAGCCAGAGAAACCUGCUCGAGUUCAUAUGCUGGUGGUGGGACGAUAGGUACACACGUCUCGUCCUCGUCUACGAGCUUGUGUCCGAAGGUGGUCUUGAUCAACACCUGCACGGGGACAAGAGCUGGUUACCAUGGUCCAAGAGGUACGAAAUAAUCGUCGGCCUAGGGUCAGCAAUACAAUACCUCCAUGUAGACUGUGAGCAACAUCAGCAGUGUAUCGUGCAUGGGGAUAUUAAAUCGAGCAACAUACUGCUCGACUCAUCGUAUAAUGCCAAGUUGGCAGACUUUGGAUGUGCAAGGUUUGUUCACCAUGAAACUGGUUCCAAGACAACAAAUGUCGUACAGGGCACUUACGGGUAUAUAGACCCCGUGUUCAUGAAUACGAGCCAGCGGAACAGGGAGUCGGACAUCUAUAGUUUCGGCGUCCUUCUGCUAGAGAUGGUCUCUGGCUGGGACCCGACUAUCCAAAAUAAGCCCCCAUUGCCGUCACGGGUAACGGAAUUGUACCAAAGCGAUGCGCUCGUGGAAGCCGUAGAUGAAAGGCUGAUUGGCGGCGAGGGCGAGUCCAGCUCUGCCCGGCGCCAGAUGGAGCAAGUGCUACUAGUCGGGCUCAUGUGCUUGCACCAGGAUCCGAGCAGCCGGCCGUCCAUAGCUCAAGCCAUGGAUGCCCUUCGAUCGGAGGACGACAGGUUUGACAUCACUUCACGGACGCGGCGGUCUCCGUCGUUGUCAAUACAGGUCUCUGAUGGCGUCCACUCUUCCACUACCAGCUGGUCUGAUGAUCAUUAG